CAGCAACGCACACCCCCACACGCCGGUCUCUACAUGAGAUCCAUCCAUCCAUCCGUCAGCCGCCACUGCUCUCCCUCUCCGAUCCAGCCAUCCGAUCCAAGUGAUAGAGCUGCACACACACACACACACACAGCCACCAGUGCAUUGCCACCUCGUCCACACACGAGAUCCACCCCUGUCACAGCUGUGGAUGCUGCCCUUACCAUUGCCUGCGUCUCGACCUUGUUGGCAUACAGCUGAGACAAACGACAUAUAUAAGAUGCACGCACGGGGAAUGUGAAUGAUGCGCGAAUCUGUCUGCGCCUCUGUCCUCUCCUCUGCAGACUUAGGGUACAUACGUACAUACCUGCAUCUGCCCCGCCAGCAGGAAUCCUGCCACAUACACCGAGUCCUCCACACCACCCAGCCACCGAACCCUUGAACCACUGCCACUGCCGUCGUCAGGCACACAGAUGACGGCCACCCCCCCGCCCUCGAUGCUGCCCUGGUCGUCAUAGCACGAAUCAAGACCCCACACCUGCAGGCACACACACACACACAUCCAGACACGCAGAGAUGAGGGAAUGGAAUGCGUGUAUGUGGGUGAUGCAUUAUGUACGUGGUGUGUUGUGUGCUGGCGGACUCAGACUGAAAACUACUACUACUGAGGUCCUCUUCGCCUACCCCGAGACGUCUGAUCAGUUGACCAAAGUCUCAGGGCUGGCUCGGUGGGCCCAAUUGUGCUCAUCACAGUCACUAAGUCGCGAUUGUGUGUAAGUGUGUGGCCAACCCCUAGGCCCCUCACCUGUCCCUCUUUCUGCCACUGGUCCACGUCAGAUGUGGGGAAGGUGCGCUGCCUCUGCACGCACGCACGGACAGAGACAGAAGCGCAUUCACGCGGGGCAGAGUGUGUGUGCGAGGACCGGAUGGCUGGCUGACCAGCAUUUGUGUGAAAGCCUUCUGCCGCGCGUAGAGCCGCCGUCUCGUAAGGUAGCGGAGGAUCGUCGGCAGGCCCUCCUGCAUACAACCACACGUAAACACAUACACGCACUGCUAUGACGAGUGAGUGUGUGGGAGAAUGCUUUUCUUCUCUACCUGCGCCAGUCUCCAUUUGCACGGUGUGUAUUCCUUGAAGUUGGCGUCGACCCGCUCAAAGACGCGUACUCCCAAGUGCACCCACUUGAGCGGCAUGCGGCUCUCACACUAAACACAUAACACGUUCCCAUCAAGCACACCACACCCACAGAAGACGCCUUGUCUGCGUGUGUGAGUGACCUUGAGCAGCUUCGCAACCCCCUCGGUGAUCAUGUAGAGCUUCUUCUCCGCCCCGGUCCGCCGCGCCAGCUGCUCGCGAGGGAAACACUGGGCGGCGGGCAGCUGUGGCAAAGUGCUGCCCUCGCCUCUACUACCAUCGUCGAUCUCACCCCCUGUUUUUCUCAGCCCGUAGAAGGACAUCACGCUCAGCCAAUCGGGGUCGCUUUCACCGAGCGAGGCGAAAUCGUUUGCUACCCCUAUGGGCCUCGCUGCUGGUGCCGCUGGCUGGUGUGGCUGUGGCUGCUGGGGAUCUUCCUGUUCGUCCUGCUCCUGCUCGUCAUCUUGUUCGUUACCGUCAUUGGGGGGUAGAGGCUCGUCCGCCACAUCCAUUGGUGCGGGUGCGGUGGUUGUGGUAGCUGCCUUGCGUUUCUUGAUGCCCUGCCUUCUGAGCGCCGACUUGCUGGUGCGCAUGUGGGUGGUUUUGACGAUGCAGCACACGAAGAACCCACCCGUGUUGUUGUGGUGCGGCAGCACGCGGACUGCAUGCUCCAGGCCGAGCGUGGAUGCGUCGUCGGGAGGGAAGAGAGACCCGCUGAGUGGAGAAGGAAGGCAUUACAGACAGAUGCGGUUUUCGGCCUGUAUGCCGACGGAGUUCCCCCUCACCUGUAGUCAGCUCGUUCCUUCUCUGGAAUGUCGUCCAUCGAUGCGAACAGACGGCCACAUGUGCCAUCAUCAGCCGUCGCAUCAUCACCGCCAGAUGGACGCUUCUCGGGAACCAGCCUACACCCAGAUGCACACAUGUGCCAUGGUGCGUGUCUGUCUGUCUGUCUGUCUGUCUGUCAGGCGGCCUGGCCUCACGCUGACCAUUUUAUGAUGCCCUGCUGCAGCCGUAGACCGUUGAGGUGAGGUGGGGGCACGAUCUUGACGCUGUCGCGGUACCUGCUCACCGCAUGGGCCACAACAGCCUGCAGACAGAGAUGAGAAGAGAUGUCCGUCCGACUGUAGUAGAUAUGUGGGUGCAAAUGCCGUGCAUGUAUUGGUUGGUAUUUAUGUGUCAGCUUGCCUCGUCUUCGAGUGGGUUCAGCGAACAGGUCGAGUACACCAACCUGUGCAGUACAGCACACACACGCCAAACAAGCACAGCGAUUCGUCCAUCAUGUCACGCUGAGAGUGUUGUGCGUGUGAGUGUGCGUACCUGCCCCCCACGUUGAGGAGCUGCAGAGCUCGAAUGAGGAUUGACAGCUGCUGAGAGUGAAUGCCCAACGAAUCACGCAACUUCCACCUGACCAAGACACACAGGCACAGGCACACACACACACACGCAUAGCAUACGAUCCGAUCCUCCUUUGCUCAUGUCAUGUGUAGAGUACGUACGUCCUCCAGAUGUCGGCUUUUUUCCUCAGUGUGCCGUCGCCUGUGCAGGGCACAUCGCACAGUAUCCUGUCGAAUCCUAUGGGAGCCCCAUCCUCGCCACACACGGCCGGGAAGAACUUGGCUGGACACCCCAGACACACAACUCGGUGUCCAUUGUAUGGGUGGUGUGCAGUGUGUGCAGUGCAGUACCUACCAUCGAGGCAUGUGACGGCAGUGGCGGGCGAGGGUAUUCUCUGCACCUGGUGGGCCAGCAUCUGGGCACGGUUCGCCUGCAUGUCGUUGGCCAACACAAGGCCUGAAACAGAAACCCGUGUGCCACCUGUGCGUCUGUCUGGUCUACUGUGUGUCUGUCGACGCACUGCACUGCACUGACCUGUGGGCAUCGACAGGCCGGGACCGCCGGUGGCUUUGCCAUCUUCCUCUUGUGUCCAGUGCAGCAUGUCGAGGAGCUCUGUCGUCUUGGACCCGGGGGCGGCGCACAUAUCGAGCACCCAAUGGUGCGAUUUGACAUCCUGCCAGGCCAGCCAACAAAUCACUCACAACAUGCUCAGAGUGAGUGAAGGCCAGACAGACAUGGAUGGCUGACCAUGAAGAGCGGCGGGAUCAUGCUGACCGCCUCCUGCCGGGAUAUCCCACCCUGCAGACAAACGCACCACUGAUCCUUCCACUUGCACCACAUCACCCCCACACCUGUCUGUCAUUCACCGACCCUGGUGUCCUCCUGGACAAGCAGCUCCUUGAGCUGUGCAUAGUCCUCGUUCUUGCGAAUGGCGAGCCUGUCGAGGUUGGGCCACUGCCACGCCAGACGAUGUGGAAACCAAUCCAGACAUACCGGCGGCUCUGACGACUGCAUCAUACAUCAAUCACAACAAACAGCCAUCGCACACGCCAAUCAAUACGUACGUACGGGCAAUGUGAAUGAAUGCAAUAGGGACUGUCUGUCUGCUUAAGUCAGUCACUCACGUGUUUGUCGCUGAAGUGGUCGAAUAUCGCCCGCACUCCCCGCCACAGAGGGGCGGCACGGUUGACUCGCACAGCAGCUGCAGUGAUGGAUGACCUCAUCACACACAGAAUCAAUCGCCAACCUUGCAUGUCAUUCAUCUCGGUUGCUUUGCUUUGCUUCGCAUCUCAUUGCCCACCGCACCGGGCAGGGACUCCUUGAGCUUCUGAAAGAAUGAGUCCCACUCCUCGGGUGGCACGAUCUGCUGCGCCUGUGUGAAGCACACGCACACCAACCAUCACCAUGAAUGAGUGAAUGAAUGAAUGAAUGAUGCACCGUGUGCUUUUCUCGGUGCAUCUGGCAAGGCAUCAGUAUAUAAGCUUGCCUUGUAGUAGUGUGCGAAGGCCGCGUUGUUCCUCUGAAUCGUCCCCCAAUCGGUGCUGCAGACAGAGAUCAAAAGAAGACACAGAAGCGUUGGUGAAGAUGCACAGCAUCGAAUCCAUGGGUUCAUCAGGCAUUUCGCCUCCUCCCGCCCACUCACUUGACUCGCUGCGGGUCAUCUGAAGCCCAUCUCUCUGAUCCAUCACCCUGUUCGCCGCUUCCUUUGCCUCCUGACCGCCCGCCGCGCCGUCCUCCCAACCCUCUCUUGCGCUUCCCCAU